GAGCUACAAGAUGCGUUUCAACAGUCUCUCCCAGUCCGAUCCCUCCGUGGCCUUGUGGAAGAGGAAACGCCGGGAGUCCAGCAACACGGACAGCGCCGGCGCCCUCGGGACCCUCCGUUUCUCCGUCUUCGGGCUGGGAUCCCGGGCCUACCCUCAUUUCUGCGCCUUCGCCCACGCGGUGGACACCCGGCUGGAGGAACUCGGCGGCGAGCGGAUCCUGCCCCUGGGUGAAGGCGACGAACUCUGCGGGCAGGAGGAGUCCUUCCGCACCUGGGCCUCCAGCGUUUUCAAGGCCGCCUGCGACACCUUCUGCGUCGAGUCCGACUCCGUCCCCACCGAAGUUUUCUCCAACCGCUGCAGCUGGAAGCGGAACCGGCACCGGGUCCUGGCGCAGCCGAGCGCUACCUUGGACCUCCUGGCAGGUCGAGAAGGCUCUGUGUGG